AUGGAACUAUCAGUUAUCGCUUUGCUCCUGCUGGGAUUUGUGAACUUUUCGUGGCAGAAUGAGCAGGCACCCAGAGUCAAGACGUCUCUUGGGGACAUACGUGGAUAUUAUAAGAUUUCUCGACAUGGUAGGAAAUACGAGGCGUACGAAGGUAUUCCCUAUGCGCAACCGCCCAUUGGGAACCUUAGGUUCAAACCACCGCAGCCCGUGCAAGAAUGGAUAAAUGAGUUACCCGCUGUGGAGAAAGGUCCUGUUUGCACCCAAUAUGUCGUAUUAUCUACCCCUCAAAAUAGAGACAAAGUUACGGGAUGUGAGGAUUGCUUAUAUAUGAAUAUUUAUGUACCAUUCAGGAAUGGCAAUGAAUCCUUGUUACCAGUGAUGUUUUGGAUUCAUGGAGGAGCUUAUCAGUUUGGUAGCGGAAACAAAGUUAACGAAACGCUUGUAAUGGACCGUGAUGUUAUCCUGGUCACGUUUAAUUAUCGUCUAGCAUCCUUCGGUUUUCUUAGUACCGGCGACAGUGUAGUACCUGGAAAUAUGGGAUUGAAAGAUCAGAACGUGGCUUUGCGUUGGGUGCAUAAUCAUAUUAGAAGUUUCGGUGGCGAUCCGAACCAAAUAACUAUUUUUGGUUUGAGUGCAGGUGCAAGCAGCGUCCAUUAUCAUUAUUUGUCACGCUUAAGUGCUGGUCUUUUCCAAAGAGGAAUAUCGAUAAGUGGCGUGGCACUCGAUCCUUGGGCACAGACAAAAUAUGCUCCUGAAAAGGCUAGAAGAUUCGCAGCUACUUUAGGAUGUCCAACACGUAAUACAAAAGAAAUGAUCGAUUGUCUCCAAACUCGCCCUGCGCGAAUAUUAUCGCAAGCUACUGGCGAAGUGCCUGAUAUUUAUGCACCUUUUGGACCAGUUGUUGACAAAUAUGGACCCGACCCUUUUAUCACUCGUUCGCCAAUCGAUAUUAUCGUUAGUGGCGAAGCAUACGAUGUUCCCUGGAUUUCUGGAGUAGUUAGUGAGGAAGGAUUAUACAUCUCUGCAGCAUUCGUUGGUAAUGAUCAACUGUUGAAGCAGUUGAACGAUGACUGGGAUAAUAUUGCGCCAUAUUUGCUUGACUAUAACGAUACUCUUCCUCUUAAUCAACAUAAAGAGGUUGCGGAAAAAAUUAGGAAGUAUUAUUUGGGAUCUAAUCCUAUUGACAGUAACACAUCAUUGUCGGUGACACAUAUGAUAGGUGAUCGGAUGUUCAGCGUUGACUUUCAGAAAGCUGCCAUUUUGAAAGCGAAAAUUAACAAAAGUCCGGUGUGGACUUAUUACUACAGUUACAGAUCUAUGCAUAGUUGUAGUGAAAUUGUGAGUGGUGGUUCUACCAAGAACUUUGUUAAUAUUUUUCUCUUAAAUUCACCGGAUGGAUUAGGGGUAAGCCAUGGAGAUGAUGCAUUUCUUGUGCUUGACACUAGAAUUUCAAACGUUUCGAGGCCGAAUGACUUGGAAAUGCAACAAAUAUUGCUCGAUUUUUACACGUCAUUUGCUAUAGAGGGUAAACCACGUGCCGGCGAUGUUCAAUGGCAAACAUUAGAUCCCAAUGAAAAAGAAUUUCAAUAUCUUCAUAUAGCUAAUCCGCAAAACAUAAAGAUGGAAACUAGUAGCGACUUCGCGAACAUAAACUUCUGGAAUACGAUCGAUUUUAAUGAAAACAAAAUAAGUGGGCAGGAGUAA